AAUGCUCAACUUAUUAUUCCUACUAAUUACGGUUUUGUUACGGGAACAACCAUUAAAACGAAUAGCUUAACUCAAUUCGCCUACCUUGGUAUUCCUUAUGCUCAACCUCCUAUUAAUCAAUUACGAUUUGAACCACCUGUACCGGUAAAGUCUUGGAAAGGCGUCUUAAAUGUUACACAAUAUCAGUCUAGUUGCCCUCAACGACUCCCAAUACGUUUUACUGAUUCCAAAUCACCAAGUAGUCAAAUUAAUGAAGACUGUCUAUAUCUAAAUAUAUUUACCUCUAAUCCUUCUAAUGUUGCAAAUAUGUCAGUGUUAGUUUACAUCCAUGGCGGUGGAUAUGUGCUUGGUUCAGGAUCACAAUGGCAAGGUCAAAUUUUAGCUGCUCAUGAAAAUAUCGUUGUAGUUACUAUUAAUUAUCGAGUAGGUGUACUAGGUUUCAUGACAUCAGGUGAAGAAGAUAGUGCUCGAAGAGCUAUUCAAGCUAAUCUUGGCCUGCUAGAUCAAAGUUUAGCAUUGCAGUGGGUAAAAGAUAAUAUUGAAAAUUUCGGAGGUAACCCAGAUUUUAUUACCAUAGCUGGAAAUUCAGCAGGUGGCUUAUCCGCUAUGUAUCAUCUAGUGAUGCCUUCUAGUAAAGGAUUAUUCAGAGGUGCAAUCCUUCAAAGUGGACCUUAUGGAACCAUACCAUCAUACAUUAAAUCGGGUACAUCAAUGCCGGAUACUUUGGCCAGAGCUAAGAUAUCUUUUCAGCAAUUUAGUUCAUUAGCGAACUGUACGAAAAAUACAACAUCAAAGAUCGUCGAGUGCUUAAAGACUUUAUCUGUACAACAGUUAUUAAAUAUUCAAAGUACUUUACGACCAAGAAAUCGUAUUUUAACAUCUCCUGUUGCUGAUGGUAACAAUGUACAAGAAGCUUUACAUACAGCUAUACCAGCAGGAAGAUUUCAUAAAGUUAAUAUUAUGUUGGGUACAACGUUAAAUGAUGGCUAUUUCAGGCUUCCUUCUAUGCCUAAUGCUGUAACUGGAAUACCGCGCCAAAAUUUUAUAUCUACUACUAAUAAUUCUUUUCCCUUUGCAAGCCAACGCGUAAAAUUAUCUAUACAGUAUCGAUAUACUAAUUGGAGUAAUGCCAAUUCACCGAUAUCAAAUCGAGAUCAAUAUGGAGAAUUAUUCAACGACUUCGUCUUUGCUAUUCCUAAUAUAUAUUAUGCCGAUCAGUUGUCUCGAUUUGUACCUACAUAUAAAUAUAUAUUUGCUCAUCGUACUAGUGGUACAUGGCAGCCAUCUUACGUAAAAGUAGCACAUACCAUGGAAAUACCAUAUAUGUUAGGUUAUCCUCUUGAUAAGCCAUCCGAAUAUCCAUCAACAUUUAAUGCUGAAGAAGUAACCUUAUGCAGACAUGUUCUUUCGUAUUGGGGUAGUUUUAUCCGAGAAGGAAAUCCGACAGACCUACGUUCUCCUAUCAUGUGGCCUAAAUAUACACAAGAUACAAGGCAGUACUUGUGGAUUGCUCCCAAUUUCCAAAUUAAAAGUAAUUAUCUUGCCGCAAAUUCAGCCUUUUGGAAUCAGUAUCUUCCUCAACUCGCUUCACAAACU